UUAGGUUUCAUUGUAUAUGUUUUAAAUGUAAGUAAUUUUGGUUCGCGGAGAUUUCCCAAAUAAUUAACACAUGAAAAAUUAUGAAAAUAAUCAAUAUUCGACAAAACCACAAUCCACCCGGAAUUUUAUAAAAGAAAAUUUCCUAAACAUCAAGAGUAUACAGCGGAUAAUAAGAAUGAACAAAGGGUCCAAAUUGAAGCUCGUCAAGGGUGACAAAUUUCAGAAUGUGCCGAAUUGGACGGCGGAUUAUUCCGGCGACGUGCCGCCUCGCGGGGAAGUACCCACCAAAGUGGAACCUGCGAAGAAGGCCGUACCGUUAAAGGCGAGAAACACGGAGAACGUGACCAAACAAAGGCAAGAGGAAAAACCCAAGAAAGGUGCUAAAGGCGGUGCAGGAGCACCUGGAGCACCGGCCGGUGCUGCUGGUGCCCCUGCUGGAGGAGGCCAAGUUUUCUUACAUCGUUCCAUACAAACUGAAUGCACUUCAGACACCACAAAACUAUACGAAACAGGUACUAUCAAAUUCGCUACAUCUUCAGCUAAGUUAAAAAACAAACCACCUCCAAUGGAAGGCGAUAGCUUGGAAGCAGAGGAGUACGACAACAAGAAACGAGACUACGUCAAAGAAAACAUGUCGAACCUAAAACCGAAACCCGUCAAACCUUCUCCCGUUAAGAUCCACGCCGAUCCCCCUCCGACCUACCAAAAAGGCGUUUUGCCCAAAUAUCUCCAGGACAAAAAGACGGAAAACACCGAAGACGACGACCAAUGUCCACCGGGUCACGUGCUUCUGCCCGAGUCCGAACGCAAGGAGACUCUCAGAGUGCUCAGACAAAGCUACGCGGACAGAAUCCAGGAACUCAACUGUCUACCGGUCAGAAGCGAUACUUUGCGAGUGAGAAAAAAGAAAAUGGAAAUCGAAGAAGAACUGAAGAAAAUAGAUAGCGGUAUCAAAGUGUUCCAACGUCCCAAGGUGUACGUCAAAAUUAACUCCUAAAAUCAAAAUACUUUAAAGAAUCGUCAUUCUAAAUUUAAUAAAAGUUAUAUUAGUUUAUACUUAGUGACAAAAUUUUCGCACAAAAUUUAUUAGCUUUUAUUGAAAUUGUAGUUUGAAUGUAAUAAAA